CACUAUUAUAAUUCCACCUCCGCAGCGGACUAACUUGCGUGAGACAGGGAGAGAGAGGGAACAACUUAGAGACAGAGGAAGAGAGGGGGAGAGAGAGAUGCUUCAGGGAGGGCAAACAAACCCUAAAGUUAAAAAGCUCCACAGCCAAUUCGUCUAAUUUACCAAUUAACAAGCUGACAGCGCACACUUACUUAACCGACGUGGAUUUCGGAUUCUAUUUUUCCUGCUUCGGAAGAGAAAACAUAGGAGUAAUCAUGUUGCUGAACACUGUGUUCUCGUGCUUCGUCUUUUACGGUGUUCUCCUUGUAUUGAAGAUGUACAUCAUUGCCACCAUAACUGGACAAAUGAGGCUGCGCAAAAAGGCAUUCGCGAACCCGGAGGACGCACUGAGGCACGGAGGACUAGAUCACUUCAGAAAGGACCCUGACGUAGAACGGUGCAGAAGGGCUCACCGUAACGACAUGGAGAACAUCCUCCCUUUCCUGUUCCUGGGUGCUGUCUACUCUCUAAUUAGCCCAUCUCUGUCUUUGGCGCGCUGUCACUUCCUAGUUUUCUUUGUAAGUCGUCUUGUUCACAGUAUGGCAUACCUGUGCGCCCUGCCAGCGCCCACACGCUCCCUGGCAUAUGUUGUUGCCCAGGUGCCUUGCGUGUCAAUGGCAGUGCAGGUCCUCAUGGUGGUGGCCUCAUACGCAUGACUGUAGUACAUCAAUGCCACACUCUUAAAAGGGUGGCUAGGAGGUUGUUAAAUUUAAUUUGUAAGAUCGAAUGCACAAGAACUACCAUACAUAGAAUAUGUCAUUUGUCAUUGUGUACCCUAGGAGCUACACUGGUUCGAUGUUCUGUCUGAGUUAGCGACCAAGAUAAUGUGUGAAUCGUCUUAAAGGUCAUUUUGCCUGCAUACAGGCAUCCAGUAUCUCCCAUGAGGGAGACCCUAAACACAGUACAUACAGAAGGGAAAAUAGAAGACUGCUGCUUUUUUAGCUGUCUAUUCUAUCUUCCUUUUUGUUAUUGUCAAAAUUGUGUUCUUGCUUUGUUGAAUACCAUUUGACCACGCUGUGUUUGUUGCUGGCUUACACUGCCUACGAAUCCAUGUCCAAGUCUUAAACACUCACUGUCAGCAGGCGAUGCAAUAUUUUAAAAGAAGAUUGUAGUUUUUGAAUGUAUUUUAAAGGCACAAAAUGAAGGUUAUUUAAUUACUCUUUUAUCCUUUAUUAUGGAUGGUUUAAAACUUGAGAACUCCAAUGUGGGAUGUUGUCCUACAUCUCAGCUCACAAGGGUUGUCCUACAACAUGACCCAAAGAGCAGAGAGGUGAUAAGUGACAUCUCAGAGCCAUAUUUCCCUUUCAUGAGUUUGUGUAUUUACAAAGCAACUACCACCAUGUUGGCAGCUGAUCAUGCAAUAUGGGACUUCAUUCUUACUUGUAUAUGAAGGUUGUCACUGCUCCUUUACACUUGGUUGCCCCAGACUGUGGAAAAUGAACUAUUUGUAAGUUGCCUUCAUUAACACAGAAGUCGGGGGCAUGCAACACUAAUGCUUCUAUUAGUAUAUCUGUAACAUAUGUAACAUUUGUGAAUUCUGAAGACAUAAAUUCAAAUUCAUAUUUAUGCUAAGUUAUUUUGGACUGUGCUUUGUUAUUGAAUGUUUCUCUUGUUAAAUGAAGAAACCAAUGUUUUUGGCAGUGAGCUUAGAUUUACACAUCAAUGAGGAGCCAAGUUUUCAUAGACAAGUUAAAACAGUUUACUGGAAUUGAAUCUGCUCUGUUUCACUCUCUUGGAUAAUCCCUUAAGAACUGUAAUGGUUUGCUUUACACAAAUGAGAUGUAGCUCUGCCAAAGCAGUAUUUUAUUAUAUGUAUAUUUAUUUAAAUAAUGCAUUUUCAAAAAGUACAGAUUUAAUCUUUGGCCUGUUUAUUUGCCCAACAUGGUAAUGAGUACUUUCGGAGCCAACUAGUGACUAUUGCACUCAUUUGGUUGUCUCUGGUCUGUAGUGGGGUAAAGACUUAGACAUUCCUCUGACCUGACAGAGGGGGAGGGAAAAGCAGUGCGGUUGUGUGCGUGAUAUUACUGUUUUUCUUUCUGGGUUCUCUCUGUGUCUGGUGAUGCAGAGUACAGGGCUGAGCUCCAACUUACCGCUUCCUGUUACGUAAUGCUCUGUGCUACAAGGGAUCUACAGAAAGAAUCUUGGAAGAAUCUAAGUGUAAAUCUAAGUGAGUGUUUGGGUUACUGAAAAGCUGGAUUCUCCAAUGUUUUAAAGGCUGGGGAGGUGGGGUACUGGAAAUAUUGGGUCUUGGGGAGCUGGAAAGAUUGGAAGCUGAGUGGUUGGUGGCUAAAAAGCUUGAGGCUGUAAAUCUUAAUGUUUGUCUGGGGAAAUAAGGAGAUGAGGCCAGAGAAGGAGAGAGAAACACAUGCAGCCAGGAGACCACAGCCAUAGGCAUGAUUAUCUUGGCUAAGGUUGCCUUGUUUUUGGUCCCACACUCAUCUCAGUCUCAUUCACAUUAACACAUGCACUGACACACAUAGGCCCUAUGCUUUAACAUAAGGUUCACAUGUGCAGACUAUACAAUCACAAACACUCAUAUUUUUUGUGUGUAGUCACUAUGGUGUUCCUCACCAUGACAAGUAGUUAUUUCAAAGAAAUAUCCCUUGUUUAAACUGUAUACACACAGCCUCUGUGUGACUUCAGUGUGUGUGUUUGCUUUGGGGUCUCAGGUCAGGACUUGCCCUUAUUUCAAGGACAUGUGAAGAGGAAGAGAAGAGAAAGGGUUUACCCCUAUCUUGUUCCCUACCACCCUCACUCCUUCUCUCUUUGUCAAACAUUAGUUCAUGGAAUGGCAUCUCAGUGGAAUUUCAAAACCAACCAUUGGGAAACAAGGGAAAGUCCACACCAGGGUCUCAAACUCAAAUUAAAUGAUGGUCAAUGACCAGGUGGCUUUCUACCAAGGGGAGAAGGAAUUGUGUGGAGCUAGGAGGAACUGUCCCGUGUUUGUCCAACAAUUACUUUGAACCAUAUAAUGGAGUUAGAUAUAACUGAGGUUCGGGAAGCUCAAGUUUGUUAAGUUCCCCAUUAGGAUGGGUCAGGACUGAACUGGACCAAAGGCUGGUGAAUCAAAAAUACAAGUAGUUUAUUACAAGAUAUAAACAAGUAACAAGCAUGACAAAACAAUAAACACUAUAGGGGGUGUUGGACUAUAGCAGAGCGAGAUCAAAGAGGGUUACUGGGAGGGGAGGAAACCCGUGGGUAACUGCCCUUGAAGGCAGGCCUAGACGUGAACCGUUGUUUAAGGGUACAUACGAGCACAGCAAAUGGUGUAAGCCUUGCAGCCUCACUGUUAAAUGAUAGAAAAAAGCUACAGUUUUUUUCUAUCAAAUGAUAGAAAAAAACUAAGGAUUAUGAGUCGGUAAUACCGGCACUUCCUUUUUGCAAUACAUAGUUUUAAGCUUCCAUCAGAAUCACUGGAGGCUGGCCAAGUGGUUUGAUUAUGCACGGACGAUGUCCACCAAUCUUUCCUCACCAUCCACAGCAAGUUUUUGAGAAAUACAUUGACUAAGUUUUUGACAGGAUUCCUUCUAGAACUUGGUCAUUUAUCAUAAAAUGUGUAAGAUGUUGGAAUUAAAGCACACCGUGAAACUCUGGAAACCGAUGCCUGUGGUAUCUGUAAAAUGUUUUGACUGUUUGACCAUGCGGUUUCCCAACAAACGCAGAGGAUGAGUCUGAUGUGUAGCGGGGUUUAGAAUAAAUAUACCUGAUCUACAAUCAGUUAUUUAGUUAGGGGUUAGGACAUCAAGGAAACCUAGAUUUAAUAUGUAAUAAUAAUUCCUCUGAAGGAAUCAAUUCAUUCAAAGGUAGAGCGGAUGAAAUAACGCGAGGGAACAGAAUACGCAAGUUCAAAUUAUAUAAAAUGAUGAAGUAAUUGGAAAUAUAAUGAACAGUACAGGAUAUAUUUGUUAUUGGCUUUAGUAAGAGUUUGAUGGGCUAACACAUGAAACAAAACAAAUGGCGGGAAGACGGGAAGAAAAAGAGUCAUGGCCUUUGUCUAUUAACGGGAAUGGUCUAGUGUCAGGCACAGAAUUUGCAUGCAUUAGCAGGGCGCUCGCUGUGGUGGCGUAUAUGGGACCGGUUCUGGUGGGCCGGUCUGGAUCAAAGUCCAGCGCCUAUUUUUACUCCCAGUCCGUCCCUGGUGGUAAGACAAUUGAACAGAGAACCAAUAGCCUACAUGUUGAUCAACAUAACAUAAGCAAUUUAUAAUGUAGGAAACAGCAGACAAAUGAAGGCUACAUAUCAUUGCAUUGAUUACUUGGACAAGGUCAGAUUGUCUUUUAACAAAGAUGGCAAGCCAUGAAUGCGGUUAUUAUUGAGAAAUAAGGUUGAACUGUUUUUAUAUUUAGGGAAAUGCAUAUUUCACACCCAAUUGGUCUGCUUGAUUAACUGUUAAUCUGAAUAUGUACUUUUGACUUAAGUAGGUUACAUUUCUGGGUCACUGAUGCUUUUAUGCUUUUUCUCAAGUGAUGUUUGAUUGGGGCACUUCUACUUGUACUUUUUAAUAGGUAAAGCCUACUGUUACUCGAGUAUAACUUUUGAGAAUUUGCUGCAUAACUCCUGUUAACAAUAAAGCCCUCAUAUGCAUUGCA